AAAGACAUAUGGGUCAUGAUGUAGCCUAGGUCAACAAACCCUUUGUAAACAAUUCACGUGCAUGCGAUCAGGGUCACUUUGAGGUGCGCCUUUUUAUUUAACCAAGCUCAUUGGUUGCUUCAAUCAUUCGCUCUUUCGCAAUAUCAUAAAGUCGUUUGUAAUCUGAUUGAAAAUCAUGAUGUUGCAGUUGGAUCUUCAGACAAAUAGGGUGGCUGACAAUGUUUCUAGCUUUAAGGCCGCAGACACCGUCAUACAGUUAGCAGACACCCAUAAACCCAAACCUGAUCUGAAUGACCUGGUGUUUGGGACGGUGUUCACUGACCACAUGCUCACCAUUGAGUGGAGUCUUAAAGACGGCUGGCAGAAGCCACACAUCCAGCCAUUCGGGAAUCUGUCCGUACACCCAGCAUGUUCUUGCCUGCAUUACGCUGUACAGCUUUUCGAGGGCAUGAAGGCGUACCGGGGGCCAGACAAUGAAGUGCGUCUUUUCAGACCCAUGCUGAACAUGAAGCGGAUGCUGAACUCUGCCCAACGGUCCUGUUUGCCCAGUUUUGAUGAUGUGGAGUUGCUGGAGUGUAUCAGGAAGUUGGUGGAGCUUGAUCAGGACUGGGUCCCACAGUCAGACUCUGCCAGUCUGUACAUCCGGCCCACUUUUUUGGGCACAGAGCCUUCGCUUGGAGUAAAGAAGCCGUCCCGUGCACUCCUGUUUGUUAUUCUCAGCCCUGUUGGCUCAUACUUCAGUACUGGAGUCAAACCAGUGUCUCUGUGGGCAGAUUCAAAAUACAUCAGAGCCUGGAAAGGAGGAACGGGAGACUGCAAGAUGGGAGGGAACUAUGGGGCGUCUAUCUACGCCCAGUACGAGGCAGUGGGGUACGGCUGUCAGCAGGUUCUGUGGCUGUAUGGGGACGAUCAUCAGGUCACUGAGGCCGGAACCAUGAACGUUUUCCUCCACUGGAUCAAUGAGAAUGGGGAGGACGAGCUGGCAACACCACCUCUAGAUGGAAUUAUCCUGCCCGGCGUUACACGCCAAAGCAUUCUGGAACUUGCUCGCGAAUGGGGUGAGUUUAAUGUGUCAGAGCGGUAUCUGACCAUGGCUGACCUGCGGCGGGCUCUGGAGGAAAGUCGGGUCAAGGAGAUGUUUGGUUCUGGAACAGCUUGUAUUGUUAGUCCAGUUGGCAGGAUUCUGUAUCAGGGAGAGAAUCUUCAUAUUCCAUGUAAGGAAAACGUACCUCCUCUUGCCUUCAGACUAAUGAAGGAGCUCACAGAUAUUCAGUAUGGCCGGACUCCCAGCGACUGGUCUUUCAUUGUAUAAAGAAACCUUACUGUUGUGGACACACCUGGGGUUGUGGUCACACACACACGCUCCUCAACAUGUUUCCAAACACGCACAUUCCACAAAAAGGCUAAGACUAUAUGGAAUAAUUUCCUUGUCAUGUUGCAAUAUUUUGUUUGUACAAAGUUUACCAGCGGAAACUAAAAUCUAAUGUAGCAAUAAUAUGUCAGUGUUUGGGCUGAUGUGCUUAGAUCAGCGUUCUUCUCGAUCGCAAUUGUUACAGUAGAAUUUAUUCAAAUCACAAGUAACUAGUAACUAAGUGUAUAGCAAUUAUUCCAUCAGAGACUUUAACACCAGCUGUUUUCCUUGUUGUUAUCUUGCUCCACUGUAUAUUUAGAUUGUAUUUUAAGUGGACCUGUUCUUGAUGUUGUUGAUCAUAUGCAAUUACCUUUAUAUUGCACAUGUUUAAACUACUGAACGACAGAUAUCUUUGAUAUCUUAUAUCUUUUUAGAUAUUUUAAGGUUGUGCGUUUUGUGUUAGAACUAGAGUAUUUUUCCAAGACAUGAAAUGUAUAAUCAUAGCUAAUAACAGGAUAACAUAGCAAAGCUCCAUUAAUGUUACAAGCACAAAGUGAUUUUGCAUUUGAUGUGAAAGGGAACGUAAAAUGAACAUCAUGUUUGAUUAUAGAUGUUUGUAUGAUCCAGCUGUUCAGACCACACUCUAAAAAAAUGGUGCUAUAUAGCACUAAAAGUGGUUCUUGGCUUGUAAUCAUAGGGGAACCACUUUAAGUGCUUUAUAGAACUAUAUCUUGGAGCUUUGGUGGUUCUUCAGAGGUUCUUCAGCGGUUCUUUGUGAUGACUGAGGUGCCAUAUAGCACCACAUCCGUAUAAAGAACCUGUUUAACCCCUGUAUGGUUCUUCUGCGGUUCUAUAUAGCACCUCAGUCAUCCCAAAGAACAACUGAAGAACCUUUGAAGAACCACUGAAGAACCAAGAUAUGGUUCUAUAGAACCAGUAUACAGCACUUAGAGUGGUUCCCCUCAAGCCAAGAACCACUUUUACUUUGAGUGUCUUUCUUGGAAUGGAAUUUAAGCAGUUAAAAAAGCACAAAUAUGAUUCAGUUAUAGGCACACAAAGUGGAGAACAUGUGUAUUAUUAAUUGCAGAGUAUUUUACUGAAAUGAGCUUUUGUGGUGUAAUAACAGAAAUAAAUAUAAAAAUAA